AUGAGCUCGACUCCGGUUCGAACUGCAAUGUUCGCAGUGGGUCGUAUAGCCCUGGUGGUGUGGGCAGUGGUGUGCCAGUGGGGGUGUGCUGAAGCAUGUAGUGAUUGUGCCUACACAGGGUCGCUCCUCACCUACUACAUCAAUGGGAUGAACGGACCCUGCUGGCCAGGGUUCACCCCGUUCCUGGUCUUCCCGGAGAUCACCGAAGACACUCUCUUCUCUGGGUUCACCGAAGACCGCUACAUCUCCGGAGAUGAGGUUGCCACCUUCAUCGAGGUCGGGGGAUGCUACCACCCGGAGGGGAAGUUGAUCGGAGAUCUUGGACCGGAAGAUUUAUUCCUCCUGGAGACCAUCCAAAUUGACGUAACAUGGAAAGCUGCCAAGGACUCGAACUACGAGAUUACCAAGGAAGACAUAGAGCAGUGGAUCUGCGAGUAUGGGAUGAUUCCUCCGCGGUCCUUUGUCAUCUUCAACACAGGGUGGUCCUUCAAGCGCGGUAACCGGUACUACGGUCCGGACACCCUGGCUGACAUCGGCAAGGUCGAUGACCUUCUGACCGACCUAUUGGGCACCAACGUCCUGGAAGAUAUAGAGUACCUCAUCCCUGGAGUACUGGAAUUCUCUUGGCCUGGAUUGUCUGCAGAGGCCGCGGAGUUCCUUUACGACCACUUCGACAUCAAAGGCAUCGGUAUAGACACGCCCUCUGUGGACGCUGGGUUCCGCUACAGGUCCUACGUAGGCGACUACCCUGACACCCGAGGUGUGAGGAGGUUCCUAGCCUCCUACGGGCUGUUCUUGGUCCAGAACCUGCUGCUGUUGGACAUUCAGCUCCCUGCUAGAGGGGUUUUCACAACUCUAGGAGUGUUCAACAUGUGCAAGGCCACCAGAGCACCUGUCAACGUGUAUGUAGAGUUUUGCGCUGAUUGGACUCCUUCCAUGUGCUGUGAGGUGUCUGAUUACAUUAGUGUUGUGUUGAACAACUACCCCUACCCUUACCGACGCUAAUAGAUACGGUACUUGAAAUUUAUUUGGAAUGUAACUGAUCCUUACCAAAUAAACUGAUGCGAAAUUCACUUUUUUAUAGUAAGCAUUAUACGAUACUUUUCCAAAUA